AUGUCGAGAUACAAACAACCAAAACCACUUGAAAGUAUAGCUUUGACCAGGCUUGGUGACUGGAUUGCAGUACAGGCGGAGCUUCUUAUGGCGCCCAUUUCAGCACAAGCUCAGCGGGACACUACUAUUGCUCAAAUAUCACUAUCGCGUCACAUCGACAGUAUUCGUAAUUACAUUGAUUACAACGUUCCAUGGAUGGUUCAUGAUUUACUGGUAACUGAAGUUAUAAGAGCGCUGUCGACGCUAUUGGAAAACACUAAAAAGGCACACUUUCGAGGAUCUAUGGGAAAGUUUGUCAGUGAAAUGAAUGUCAUUGUGAGAAUGGUCGAGACUUUGUUUACAAGAAAUUUGACUUAUGUUUCUAUCGAUAUCAUACCAAAAAUGAUGCGUAGCGUUUUCUAUUCAAAAUUACAAAUGCUAUCAGGUCUAGUUUACCUAAACCUGGGGUCUCUCUCUGGAGGCUGGAAAACAGCCGACAUGGAAGGAUCCAUAAUUGAAGCACUCAAAGAACUUCAUAAUCUUAAAUACUUGACAAUAAAUUACGAUUGCACUGAUAAUAUCUUACAUUGUAUAAUACAAAAUUGUAAAAAAAUCGAAAAGUUGGAUGUAUCUAGUUCCAAAUGCGUGACAAAUGAAAGUAUUAAUAUCUUGGCUAAGUUAUUAACCCUGAAAGCUAUACAAUUAUACAGGACAUCUGUGACAUAUGAAGGCUUUGCAAGAUUACUCAUUAAGAGUAAAAAUCUUGAGGAUAUUGGGCGCUGUGACGAUAUUGGUAAAGUUUUAGAAUACAUUGAUUUGACAACUUCUUCUGCUAGACCACUAAAGUUGAAAACAUAUGUUAGUCGAUAUGCGCCGGCAAACCACUUGCAGUUAGCAGUAGAUAUGUGUCCGGAUAUACGAAGCAUGACUGUCUUCCACAAUGCUGUGCAUGGCGAUUUAAUGAUGCUCAUAGGUCUUAAGGACCUUUGUGAGCUUAAAUUACUGUCGUGUGAUUUCUACGGAGAUCAAGUUAAACAGAUACUUCAAGUUAAGGGCUGUAACAUCAUACAUCUACACCUUGAACACGUGGAUCAAAUAGAUUUAAACGCUUUAAUGUAUAUUAGCCAGAUGUGUCCUCUUCUAGAACAUUUGACUCUCUAUAAUUGUACAUUGAUACAACAUACGUCGUUAUAUACAAAAAAGUUAGAGUUAUUGCCAUUCCGAAAUCUAAAAAAGUUUACUUGUGUAGCAACUUGCAAUGAUGAUCAAUUAUCUUUUGUUCUCGCUAAUGCCUUAAAUGUAGAAUAUGUUCACUUAGGUACCGCCGUUAAUAUAACAGAUGAAUUUGUAUUCAAACUUUUAGAUAAAAAUCCCCUGAUACAUUUAAAAGAAUUUCGGAUCAUGCAUUCUGAUUUCUUAACUAUAGUAUCGAUUGAAAGGAUUAUUCAGAGUUGUAUGAGCCUUCGAAUACUUGUAGAGUUGGAAAGUUGGACUUCACUAACAGAGAGUGACCGAGAAUAUGUUAGAAAUUAUAUUAAAGUUAGUAAUUUCAAUAUCGACAUGGCUCCUAUUAGAAGAUAUGAGGUACUGAACAACUAAAGUUUACCUAGUCUAGCUAUAAAUUACCACCAACUCGGUUUGGUGGUACCUA